GAACCGCGUGACGCGCCGCGGGCCGCCGCCGCUCAUUGGGCGAUUCAAUAGUCGCGGGCUGCUCGAACGGAGAGAGCGGCGCCGCGGCGCGAGACUCCGCGGCGGCGGGACGCCGGCACGAGCCGCCCAUCCGCGUCCCCGCGCUCCGCGGCCGCCCCCGGCUCUUUCCCCUUCCCCUCUUCUCUUCCCCCCCCAACCCCGGCCGCCACCAUGCUGGCGGAGCAGGAGAACCAGGAGAACGUCCCUCCGGCCGCCAAAGCCCCGCCGCCAGCCGCCGGCACCCGCGUGGCGCUGGGGCUGCUGCGGGGCGGCCCGGCGCGGCCGGGGCUGGCGCCGCAGGUGAGCGGCGAGGCGCGGGGGGCGGCGGACGGGCGGGCGCCAUCUUGGGGCGGCGGGCGGCUGUCAGGGCGGCUGUCACGGCGCGCUGACGGACCGCUUCCGCAGGCGGCGCGGAACGGAGAGGGCCGCGGCGCGGCGGCGGGGCAGCAGCAGCAGCUGCAGCAGCAACCCUUCAGCGUCUACGUGGACGAGCCCGACGGGGAGCGGCGGCGGCCCCAGAGGAAGAAGGAGCGGGAUGAGGACGCGGCGGCGGACGCGCCGGGGCUGCGGGCCGCUCUCGGGACCCUGGGGGAGCGGCGGCCCCUGGCGCCCCUGGGCAACGCCAUGGAGCUCAGCCUCGAUUCCCCGAGUAUCAUGGAUAUCUCCAUCACUUCAGAAGCAGAAGAGAGACCAAACGUUAACAAUGUACCAGACUACGUCAGCGAUAUCCACACAUACCUCAGGGAAAUGGAGGUAAAAUGCAAGCCUAAAAUAGGCUACAUGAAGAAGCAGCCUGACAUCACCAACAACAUGCGGGCUAUUCUGGUGGACUGGCUGGUGGAAGUUGGAGAAGAGUACAAGCUCCAGAAUGAAACUCUGCACUUAGCUGUAAAUUACAUUGACAGGUUUCUUUCUUCAAUGUCUGUUUUGAGAGGAAAGCUUCAGCUUGUGGGUACCGCAGCCAUGUUGCUUGCAUCGAAGUUUGAGGAAAUCUACCCCCCUGAAGUAGCAGAGUUUGUGUACAUUACAGAUGACACCUACAACAAGAAGCAAGUUCUGAGGAUGGAGCACUUAAUUUUGAAGGUUUUGUCAUUUGAUUUGGCAGCUCCAACAAUCAACCAGUUCCUCACUCAGUAUUUCCUGCACCAGCAGACAAAUGCUAAAGUUGAGAGCUUAUCAAUGUAUCUUGGAGAGUUGACUCUAAUUGAUGCUGAUCCUUACUUGAAAUACUUGCCAUCAGUAAUUGCUGCUGCAGCAUUUCAUCUAGCAAGCUAUACGAUCACUGGACAAACUUGGCCUGAAUCUCUGUGCAAGGUGACGGGCUACACCCUUGAACACAUUAAGCCUUGCCUCAUGGACCUUCACAAGACCUACCUCAAAGCAGCACAGCACACACAACAGUCCAUAAGGGAAAAGUACAAGAGCACAAAGUACCAUGCAGUAUCGCUUAUUGACCCACCAGAGACACUAGAUUUGUAAUAAUCAAGAGACUUAUCUUUUAAAUACGUAGAUGUAUAUUACAAGAAAAUGAUGUACAGUUUUUAAACGUGGUUCAAAGUUCUAGGUAUGAUUACUCAGAAUAUUAAUGCAGGUUUUGAUGAGCUUAAUUCUGAAGUUUGUUUUAUGUGGUUUUAAUGUAAAUCUUUUGUACAUGCAGUCUUCUUAAAAUAUGUAGCUAUGUUUUUAUAAGAAUGUUCUCUUGAAGCACAGAAGUAACCAUGAAGACCAAGUCAAGUCUGAGACUUACCUAAUUAUAGACUUAACAGUAAUACUAGCAGUGCAUUAUUAUUACAGGACUUUUUCUCCUUCCAAGUAAGAGAGACUUGAACUCCACAGAGGUAUUUGUAGCAUUUUUAUACUCCCUAAUCUAAGCUGAGACUUACUAUGACUAAACAGCUACAGUACUGGAAGAAACUGUAUUGCUAUGAGGAGAACACCUUGCUGAAAUUGACUUUUGUGAGGCUCUCUGGGAUGUGCCGGUUACUGGAAGCCCUGAUUUGUCUUUAAUGGAUUACCUGCUCUUCAUCAUUAAAGGUUCAGUACUCUGCUGCAGGAACUGCACAGCUGAAACUAGUGAACUGCAUAUAGAAAGUGGUCUUACUAUAGUUAUUUUCUAGUUAAAGUGUAAAACUGAUACUAAUUUUAAACCUGUGGAGUUCCCACUAAUCCUUUAGCUUUCCCAAUAGCCCAUCAAUGUAGUAAAUAGACCUGCAGCCUGCUGACCUCUUUAGGGGUGGUGGAACGAUUAUACUGCAGGAGAGUGAAUUCCUGCUCUAUGCCCGGGAGAGGAGGCAAUGUCUUCUAGGGUGUGUGGGCUGUGUGCAGAAUGGCACUAAUUCUGUACAUCCCUCUCAACUGGGAAGGAUUCCUUCUGAGGCACGCAGCAAAAAUGUAAACCAAGUGAUCUUACUUUUCCUUAGUUACUGGAACGGCUACAUGAACAAUCUAGCGUGUGUCAUUGGAUAGAAAUGAACAUCUACCUUCAACCUGUAUAAAUGGAGUGAUGCUCCUUGUACCUACUGUUCUUUGUGUAUGUAAAGAAGUGAGCGCAAGGAGGUGUUGGAUUUAACUGAGCCAUUUCUAGGUUGGCAAAUAAACAAGUUUUAUACCUGCUCUUAGCAGUCUUGCCCAAUACCUUAAAGUCACUACCUCCUAGUAAUACCAUCUUAAAUCAGCAUUGUUUUUGAUUCUUUUUGGCAAGGGCUGCCCCUUGCCAAACGUGCCCCUUAAACUUCAAGUUGAUUCAACGCUGGUUAUCUGCACACCUAGCAGUAUAAAUUCUAUGUGUGUGUGAAGCAGUGGGUGUGAGCUAUUUAAAAAAAAAGAAAAAGGAGAUAAAAUCAGCAGCCAUCUAUCAAGCUACCAUCUAUGCAUUACUGUGAGACCAUUCACAACACGUCUAGAUUCAGUUACUGAACGCUUGCUGUUCUGUCCCACCCUACUCUGUGGUUCAAGCCCUACAUGAACCAAUUCAGUUACUAAACUGCUCUAGCCAAGUGAAUCAUCCAGUCAAGGCAAAAGUAUGCAACAGAGGCUGCUCUUUAGCUAAAUGUAAGCUUUUAGGAUGUACUUUAACUCUUCCACAUAUUCUAAAGUUUAACAAAGCCGUAUUCUGCUGGUCGACCAUGUUCUUCAGUAGUCUUCAGUUAGUUUAAUUUCAAUAUCUUGCCACUGGAAAAGCUAAAAUCAGUUGGGGAAGACCGCAGUAUAUCAUGUCUACUGCUUAGUAUUAGAAAUGCUCUACCCUUGCAGGACAGGGAAUAUGUAUAUACAGGAACAUGUGUGCCACAGUUGUGAUAUGAGCUUGUGACCUUGGAAGGUUAAAUCAAAAAGCUGCAUUGGUCAGUAUCCCUUGAAGAUCACAGUGCUCUUUGUGAGAAACAGGCUUCUGCUUUCACCCUCCUGUGGCUUCUACUGGGUAACUUUCAAGACCGCUAAGAAGCAUGAACAGUGGAAGAGGAGUUAAUUUUAGAGAAGCAUAUGAAUUACUUUCUGCAAAUAAAAGGUAUCACUGAAGUGAAUAGACAUCAGUAUUAUAGUGUUAAUUUACUGCUUAAUGAAAUGUCACCUUUUUGGUGACAUUUGAAUGGAAGCCAUUCUCUUACUGUUCCCAUAGCACUGAAAAAAUUUCUCCUUUGCUCCCUCAACUUUGCUUUCAGCAGCCAGUAUCUGAUACGACUUCCUUUACAGCCUUAAUAAUGCCUUAGUCACAGGCUGCCAUCUCUGCCUGGUAUGCCUGUGUUCCUCUAUGCUCGCUGACAGAUGCAGUAAUGUUCUUUUCCCUCUUUUCAUUCUCUAAAGCUAACAUGGGGGAAUAUUCUAGCUCUCACUUCCACAUUUUGAUUUAAAAAAAAAUAAAAAAUCCCAGGUUGUGCUGUAUUACUGUUUUGCCUAUCCCCUGUACUUUCUCCCAUUCUGAAAUAAAGCUUCUUGGAAUAGAGGAUGUCAGCUGUUAAAUAGGAAAAGAAGAUAAGUAGUAGUGGCAAAGUAUACUACUUGUGUUCUUUAAAAAGCUUAGGGGCUUGUUGGAGAAAAAGAAACAACUGGUGUGCAGAAUAUGUUGCAGAAGAACAACCAACCUUCACUCGCAUCUGUGCUCUACAGUAACUUCGGUAGGGAAGAAUUUACACUAAGAAAAUGCACUGAUUUAGCUCCUGCAGGGACAGGGCUUUCUGUGUUUGUCUCUUCCUACAUCUUAUUACAGCUUUGGUGGGGAGCAGUAUUUUUUUUCUUCCACUAUUCAUUUCUAAAAGUGAUGCUGAGAAGUAACAUCUGUGACAGCUACUUCUCUCCUGUUCAUGUCAUAUAAAACUGAAAAAAUAGUCCUACAUUACUCUUGUACAUAUGUGCAUGUUUCUAAUUUACUUGGUUUUCAAAACAAAGCAGGCAGGUUUGAGACAUCCACUGUUUUGCCAGAUAUUAAAUUCAGAGCCUAAUUCUUUGAAUAUAAUUCAAGAAAAAUUCAUGUCUGUGCAUGUAAUAUUUAAUUAAACUUUUUAAAAAACUACUGAGGUAUGAGCUGCCUCUGUGUGGAAGUUCUAC